CCCCCAUCCUCCUUUUCUCUCUCCCCCUCCACCCCCGUUUUCUGCCGUGGAUGGUUUUUAGGUGGAGUCGUUUGCACCAAAAACCCAAUAGCUGCCGCUGUUCUUGCCGCUAUAUAUAUUUUUUUUAAUGAUACUGUUUCCACAGCAGGGGAAGAGCCAACCGAUCCGAACACACUCCCCGAGAAUGAAUAAUCACGAGGAACUGGCUUGAGCAGCGCCUGGAUCUGGUGCAUGAUUGCAACCUGAUUUUUCUAUCAUAUAUAUAUAUAUAUAUAAUUUUUUUUCCCCAAGUCAUCGUUCUCCUUUUCUCUCCUGCAUCAUUUUGGUUUAUUUUUGGGGUUUAUUUAUUUUUUCUUCUUCUUCUUAUAUAUAUAUAUAUAUCUUUUUUUUUUUUUUUUCUUUUCACCUUUUGGGGGAUUUGCAAACCGAAUUACAUGCAUGUCCAGUGGGGGAAGGUUUAAUUUUGACGAUGGAGGGUCGUACUGUGGAGGCUGGGAGGACGGAAAGGCUCAUGGCCACGGAAUCUGUACCGGCCCCAAGGGUCAAGGUGAAUAUUCGGGCUCCUGGAGUCACGGCUUUGAGGUGUUGGGGGUCUACACUUGGCCCAGCGGCAACACUUACCAGGGCACCUGGGCGCAGGGCAAGCGCCAUGGCAUUGGCAUGGAGAGCAAAGGGAAGUGGGUGUACAAAGGAGAGUGGACCCACGGAUUUAAGGGACGGUACGGGGUCCGAGAAUGCACUGGAAAUGGGGCCAAGUACGAAGGCACCUGGAGCAAUGGAUUACAGGAUGGCUACGGGACAGAGACCUACUCGGAUGGAGGGACGUAUCAGGGCCAGUGGGUCGGAGGGAUGCGCCAGGGGUACGGCGUCCGUCAGAGUGUUCCCUACGGCAUGGCUGCGGUCAUCAGGUCACCCCUGAGGACGUCCAUCAACUCCCUGCGCAGUGAGCACACCAAUGGCACGGCCCUGCACCCCGACUCCUCGCCGGCGGUGGCUGGAAGCCCCGCUGUAUCCCGAGGUGGCUUCGUCCUCAUGGCCCACAGUGAUGCUGAGAUCCUCAAGAGUAAAAAGAAGGGCAUCUUCCGCCGGUCGCUGCUGAGCGGGCUCAAGCUCCGUAAGUCUGAGUCCAAGAGCUCCUUGGCCAGCCAGCGGAGCAAGCAGAGCUCCUUCCGCAGCGAGGCUGGGAUGAGCACGGUCAGCUCCACCGCCAGCGACAUCAACUCCACCAUCAGCUUGGGCGAAGGCGAGGCUGAGCUGUCUGUCAUCGAAGACGACAUUGAUGCCACCACUACCGAGAUCUAUGUUGGAGAGUGGAAGAACGACAAGCGCUCGGGAUACGGAGUCAGCGAGCGCUCCAGUGGGCUGAAGUAUGAGGGUGAAUGGGCCAACAACCUGCGGCAUGGCUACGGCUGCACCACGCUGCCCGAUGGCAAGAAGGAGGAGGGCAAAUACAAGCAGAACGUCCUGGUUAGUGGCAAGAGGAAGAACCUCAUCCCGCUGCGGGCCAGCAAGAUCCGUGAGAAGGUGGAUCGGGCCAUGGAGGCGGCCGAGCGGGCGGCCACCAUCGCCAAGCAGAAAGCAGAGAUUGCAGCCUCCAGGACCUCCCAUUCCCGGGCCAAGGCGGAGGCAGCCAUGACAGCGGCACAGAAAGCCCAGGAGGAAGCGCGCAUCGCCAGGAUCACUGCCAAAGAGUUUUCUCCUUCCUUCCAGCACAGGGAAAACGGGCUCGAAUGCCAGAGACCCAAACGCCAGAACUCGAGUGACGACAUUGAGGUCCUCUCCACCGGCACGCCGCUGCAGCAGGAGAGCCCUGAGCUGUAUCGGAAAGGGACGACGCCGUCCGACCUGACCCCUGAGGACAGCCCUCUGCAGAGCUUCCCCGCCAGCCCCUCCUCCACGCCACCGCUGGGCUCUUCCUGCAGGAACAAAAGUGCUCACUUCUCCAGGCAGGUCUCAGUGGAUGAAGAGAGGGGUGGGGAGAUCCAGAUGUUGCUGGAGGGGCGCGGCGGGGAUUACCUGCGACCCAAUAGUUGGAGCGAAGAGAAGGCGGGUGGGACGCGCGGCGUGCGAAGCGGGACGAUGCGCAGCGGGUCGGCCAACGUCCCUGAAGACUAUCGAGGGAGGAGCGGAGGGCACAAACACUCGGCCUCCAACCACAAGCAAAGAGAGAGGUGGACAGAUUCCCCAGCCACGGUUUCUUGGACUUCCCACCACAGGUCCCACAACCACAGCUCAGGGAGCUCCAAGCUGCUUGAGCUAGAUGAGGAGAAGAUGAGCAAUUACGAGAUGGAGAUGAAGCCCCUCAUGAGGAUGGAUUCUUAUAUGCAAGAGAUUCACACCCAAAAAAGACACUACAGCAAAGGGGGAGCCUGCAGGAGCAUGGCUGAUGACCAUCGCGGGGAAGAGCGGGGCUUCGGGGUUCAGAGACUGAGGUCUAAGUCCCAGAACAAAGAGAAUUUCAGGCCAGCUUCCUCUGCCGAGCCUACGGUUCAGAAACUGGAAAACCUGAGAUUUGGGGACAAAGCUGAGCCCCGGCUACUAAGGUGGGACUUAACCUUCUCCCCGCCACAGAAAUCCUUACCCGUUGCACUAGAAUCUGAAGAGGACAGUGGGGAUGCGCUCAAAUCCAGUACGGGCUCAGCUCCCAUCUUGGUAGUCAUGGUGAUCUUACUAAAUAUCGGAGUCGCCAUUUUGUUUAUUAACUUUUUCAUCUAACUUCGAGACUGUCUUGUUUGCAAAAAUUACAACAGUUCCAUGUAUGAAUGGGGAGAAUGGGUGGGGUGGGGGGGGUGGGGUUAAAAGAAAAACAAGAAAAACAAGGAAAAAAAAGCAAGAAAAAGGGUUAAAAAACCCCCGUAACUCGAACUGUCCUACGACGAUUUCCAAGUCUUUUCACAGAAGAACAACAAGAACCGACCGAGUCUCACUCACAGUUUGCCUUUUUUUCUUUUCUUCCUGGGUAAUGUUUUUUGGAUUUUAAGCCAAAAUUCUUUGCUUGUAUAACACGAUGCUGUGCGGCAUGGCAAAAUGCUAGCAACACUCUGACCCCCCUCCCUCCCCCCCCACACAACAACAUUGGGAAGGAUGAGAAGGAAUCAAGGAUGAGGAGGAAUCCCAACCAAAACAAAAAGCUUUGUUUCCUUUCCCCCUUCAACCCCAUAAUGAAAUGGAUUUUGUUAACAAGGGUGAUAAACCCGAAUGGAGAUAGAGGGGAUGGGUGUGAGGGUGUGUGGAUGCUGGGAUGCUCCAGGCUGAGCUUUAACAGCUUUAACACAGAAGCUGAGCAGCCCAUCCCAACCAAACCAAGGGAGCAGAUCAGCAGCGAGAGAGGGCUCAAUUCGGACCCACCUAGCAUUAAAAAAACCCCCACAAUAAUAGUAAAAUUAAGCAAACGAAGAUAAAAAUGAUUUGUUUUUUCUUUUGUUUUGGGUUUUUUUUGGUGUUUUUGGGUUUGAUUUUUAUACAAAGCAUCCGGGGAGGAGCUUUGGAGCAUGGUCAGAGAGCGGGGAGAGGGUGGUGGGUUCGUCUCUUACAUCUUGCCGUGGACCGUUUCAGACCAUCAUGCUUGGGCUCUGAGCAUGUAGUAUUUUUGCACUCUGUAAUGCAGGAUGUAUCUUCCAGCUUCCAACAUGUCCCUGUAAAAGUGAAAAAAAAAAGAAAAAAAAGAAAAAAAAUAAGGAAAAAAUAAGAAAAAAAAGAGAACAUCAUCGGCAAUGGCAGCCUCUAAGGAUGUAUUCUUUUCUUUCCUUUUCUAUGUCACUUUCAAUUUGUUUGUUUAUACCAUCUUUGUAAUAUGCCUGCCUUGAUUUUUCUCCCCCCCACCAAUAAUCCCCAUACUCAUUAAAGAUGCCGUAUCCCUGUUCUGAGCUGUUAUGGUCCCAAUCACAGGACGGUGGUCCUGGCUUGGUAAAGGCUGAUGACCCCAAACCUGGACCCCCCCCCCCCACGCCACCACCACCACCACCAUCUCCUCCCAGCCCCCACUGACACGGUUUGGGUUGGCCAUGGCCAAGGACAUCACCCUGUGCCCCGAGGCAGGAUGUGACCCACGGGGACCCUGCUCUAUGUGCCACAUGCAAUGCUGUGGGGAGCAGCGGACUCCGCUUCGCUUCGCUUCUGUUUUAGCUGUUUCUCUGCUACCUUUUCAGCAGAUUUCUUAUUACACUGCACUGGAUUGCUAUAUUUUUAACCAGAAAUAAACUAAGGAUUAGAGCA